GGCUGACAGCUGCCAUCGAUCGCAAGUUCAAUGGCAAUCCAUGUGGGACGUCAGUUACUGUUCGCGGCACUUAUUUUGCUGCUGCAGCUGUGCAUUAGCUGCGAGGCGCGGCCAAAGGCUAUGCCAGGGAAUGAUGGAGAUGGCAUCAACAAUGGCGAGGACGAAGACGACGACUCCUCCUCGGAGGAGACCGUUGAGGACUCGAACGAGGGUCGCAGGCGUCGCCGUCGCGAGGCCAACGAACGUGCUGUCAUACCGGGCCUGCCCGAUCCCGCCACCAUCAUUAAGAUCGCUCAGCUCUUCCAAUCGGUGGGCGAACAGAUUGUGCCCAUUAUCUUAGAGGCUCUGCUGCCCGUCAACGAUGCGACCGCAGAGCGAACGGCUCGGGAUUUGCAGUUCAUGACGAAACCCCAGCGCACUCUCGCACUCAAUUCAGAGGAACUGCAGCCGCAAGCUGUCUAAAUUGUUCGACUAACAACCUGUUUGGCUCGACAGCAUUAAAGAUGAUGAAAUGAAACAAA